AUGGGCAUCCUUAACUCCGGGGUAGACGUGGUUAUCCUUAAGAGAACAGCCCCGUCCAAUCGCACAUACACUCUCAGGGUACUGGAGCAAAACCUUGAGAACUUGCCCGUGUGUGAUGAUUUUUUAAAAUCAUUUUUAAUUUUUUCAUGUGCCACUCUACUGGCACCUAACUCAAAGCUUGAAGGAAGCCAUGACCUUUGGGACACCAUAUGGGAUGGUGAUGUUGGUGUCCAAAGGAAUUGGGCAAAGUUUCUGCUGAAACACUUAGAAGAUGGAAUCAAGGAAUAUCGACAAAAGCAGCCUACUUACAUCCGAGGCUGCCUCAUGUUCCUCCAGCUGUUCUACAUGGCAUACUUCUACAUGCCAUCAGUCAAUGUUGAAGUGACCAGCCCGCUAGCUGCUGCAUGGACUGACGAUGUAAUGAAACGCCGAUUAGCAGCUGAAAUAUCAACAUUCGGUGGUUAUGGAUAUGUGCAUACACAGGCACAGGAGCGAGCACAAAGCACAGCCAAUAUGAAUGUACCAUCAGUAGCCUCAACCUCUACAGCUGAUGACGAUGCUACAGAGGUUAUUGAAGCCCGUGUCAUUGACACAUCGGAGAGUAUGCUACGAUUAGCUUCCUCUCUGGUGCGGGAUGUUGCUGCACUAUGUUCCCGCCGAAGUGGAUCAGAGGGGAUAUCUUCAAUCCCUUGCCCAAAAGCACAACACCACGCUGAAUAUCAACCAAUGCGCGAAACACCGGGCAAGCAGACGUCAGCUGACGAAAUGGAACCACAAGAUAACCUCGCACCAACCCCCCAUUCUCCAAUUGGAAUGGAACCGUCACCAGAAGCCACUCAUUCUGAGCCAAUGGCCCUACAGUCUCAUGCAGAGGCAUCGCUUCCACCACAAGUGAUAAUAAAAGAAGCGCGAGAAUGUGAUAGGGUAGGUGGGAGUGGUAAUCAAGCCAUUAAACCUUCAUCUAUCAAGAGAUUUAAGCAGACUUAUAAGAGGAUAGUGAAGCGUCCUCCCACUUGCAAAAGUCCAUUUGUCACCCAAUGUGUUAAACAAUUCCCUAAAAUCCCCCAUGCUCAUCGGGUAGUAGCGGAUUAUGCUUUGGCAGAAAUUGGUGAUCCUAGCGAGAUUUUAUGCGAGAUGUAUGAGAUGUACAUUACCCGAGAAGAAAUUUCUUGUCUAAAUGUAGGGCGGUGGGUUAAUUCAGUAGUGAUUUUGACCAACUUGAAAACAAAUGCAACCAGCCAGGUGAUCAUGGAUAGAUGUCGCAUGUAUCUGGAUGCUGGUAUAUUGGGCCAUGAUUUGGGGACAUGUGACAUGAUGUUCAUCCCGGUUUGUGAGAACAAUCACUGGCACAUGCAUGUUGUUAAUUUUGCAGCUGGAAGAGUUGAAAUUCUUUCAUCUUUGCCCUUGAGGCGAGGAAACAGUAUUAGUGCUGCAACAAGGCGAUUAUCUAUGGCAAUCAAUAAAGCACUGCAUGCAUAUAUAAUUCAUAUGAACGUGGAUGUCUCGACUUUUGAGCAUGUCCAACCACACCUUGUGCAACAACUGAAUGGGUUCGACUGUGGUAUCCUUGCACUAAAGUUCAUGGAAUUUUGGAAUGGGGCGACCUUGACUACUUCAGUGGCAGAGGACAAGCUGAACAUGUAUAGACUCCAGCUAGUUGUGGAACUAGUGCUCAAUGAACGCAACACUGUUAAAGAUAAAAUUAUGGCCUCCUGUCAUUUGUGA